CACAAAUCUUUCCACCUAAUUUCGCAACGCCAUAAAACCUCUCAACGCACCUUUGUCCUCCUUGAUCAGGAAGACCGGUCGGGAGAAAAUAUUGCUGUGACUAACAAGACAGAACUGACUACACAGGUCGAGACGCGACCAAUAUCAAGGUCACGAUGGCGACAGAGCCAGAAUAUGAGCUAGUCCGGGCUACCGCGUCAAUCCUUGCGUGGUACGAUAGCACCCGGCCUAUGUACAUUGACCUGGUGGGGGAUUAUGCAGGCAAAGAAUUGUUUCUCGUUGAAGGAGAUUCAUUAUUGCGCGAAUGCUUCGAUGACGAGCGGAUAGACUUCGAUGGGGGUUUCCAACUUCUUCACGCUGUCUAUGUGGUAGAACGCUUUCUGGAGAAUCUGAUCAAGCGACAUUGUCAAUUUCAUGUUGCUUUCUUCGAUGAAAAUGCUCAACUAUGUGUUCCCCUCGGAAAAUCUGACGCUCAGCGUGCCCGAUAUCUACUGGCCAGGGCCGUGAUCAAACGCCAUCUGAUGAUUCGCCUGCCUAAAUCACACCCCAGUGUCCUGGUAAAGAGCUUCCCGUCUCUCCACAGUUCGGAAUUCAGCGAAUACCUUCAGGAUUCUCCGAUCCAUUUUGUCAUGACCCACGAUGGAUCGAGCAAGGAGUCUAGAUUCGCUGUUGAAACGCCUGAAGGAGAAGAACAGGAACUACGACGAAUUCCCAAGGACGAAAAGUACACCAAGCGACUGUUCCGCGGGAUUAUAUGGUGGUUCAACACGCACAAGCUGAAUGUUGCUCUGAUCAACCGCAUUGAGUUCAGAGACUCCAAGGUAUUCACUAUGAUUGUGGAGAGCUUUAGACCUUCCAGCAGGGAGAAGCUGGUCAUGACUUCGAGCUUUGUCGAUGCGAUCAAAGCCACGCAAGACCAACUGAAUGCGUUACAUCCAGUAGCGGAAUUUCCGUUUGAGAACUCAGAUAUGAAGCGGCUCUCGGACGCAAUGGGAGACGAGGAAAUCAGUGAGAGCUACUGCUUGUCGAUCUACGGUGUUUCGAGACUAUUGAAGCAAGAGGAUUGUGAUGAAUUCCUGGCAUCUGCAUAUAUUCUGCACAGCAUUGCUCUAAAGCAUAUGCCAAUCUCGCAACGACGACUUCCACUGGUCACUUUCGAUGAUGACUUUGAGGAGCAAAUCAACCAGUUCUUGACCAGUCUUUCCAUGAUUAUUCGCUGCGCCAUUGACAGCCCAAAAUGGCCAACCUUUAUGGACCACGAAGACAUAGAGCUUGGAGCCGUGGAUAUCAUUGAUGGACGACUAUUUCGAGCAGUUAUCCAAGCGAUGUGUGACGGCUCAUUAAAGGGUGUCGUUCCUCGAGCUGCCCAGCCUGACUGGGAACUCCUUUCCGGUCUCAUUGCAGACUUAACAGACGAUGAGCUUUCGAUCGAUGGAAGUCCAGAGCCAACAUCUUCGAAGACCUCUGCAACAAAAUCGGACUUUGUAGUGAAGAACGAAAACUUAUUCGUGCUACCAUUUUCGAAUCCUGUUCUGGAUAAACAUCUAGAAUGUAUCCAUGUCGAGACGGACAAGUCACUGCCGAGACGCUUAGGUGCUCUGAAAAUAUACCGAGAGACUACUCAUUGGCACAAUCAUAGGAAGCCACUUGAUGUAAAGACAGGCCCUCCACAAAAAGUUUCGAAAUGGCGUAAUCCUCUUCGCACCAACCAGUUUUACAUGAAGGAGAUGACUACUUACGCUGCAAGCUUGACCGGCGCCAAGGGCAAGGCAUUAGAACCCGAGACAGUAACUGUUGGACCCAAGCAACUGAUCAAGUUUGCCGACGAGGUACCCGAGAAGAGUGCUUCAAAAUCGAAAAAGGAAUCUGCAGAGCCCCAGAAUAAGGGUGGCCCAGCCAAGAAAGGGACGAAGAAAGGCGCAGCCGGCCUAUCUAAGAAGGACCAGAUGAUCGCCGAUAACAAGGAGCGAAAGGGAGGUGCAGAGUCGGAUAAGGCUUUCGCAGCUUGGUCAACUGUCAUGAAGGAUCUUGAUGCCGUAUCUGACGAGCAAGAUCGUUACUUGCGGACCAUUCAAUACCUCAACAACCUCGAUGCUGCUAAGACGACAUAUCUCGAGACCGAUAUUUACACAUAUGUUCUUCAGUCGCUUCUAAACUGGUGGGCUUCAUAUUGCAAGGUUGACAAGAAGAACCAAGGGUACCAUGUUGUGGCCCUGAUAUGGACCACAAUUCGAUCAAUAUGCACGUCAAAGGCGCCAGUCUCCAAGGAUACUGUUCAGCAUAUGACGAAGAUUUGCACCCUCCUUGGAAUUCCAGAUUCGAUGGAUUCAUACAACCCUUCACCAUCUGAUCGAACGCUUUCCUUUUACUUCAAGUUUCCGCCAAUCACCCAGGACAUCCGCAUUACAAUGAGUCAAACCGAGUUCCAACUCGACUAUUGUGGUCCUUACAUGGAUCGUAUGCUAGAUGCUAAGCCAGAUCCACGAGUAGGCAGCUUCGUUCCCGAUGGGUGGCAGAGAGACGUUUUGGAUCAGCUUGACGCCAAUAAGAGUGUCUUUGUCGUUGCCCCCACCUCUGCAGGAAAGACAUUCAUUAGUUUCUAUGCCAUGGAGCAAGUUCUUCGUGCUGACAACGAUGGCGUUCUGGUUUACGUUGCGCCAACCAAGGCACUCGUAAAUCAAAUCGCUGCUGAAAUCCAAGGACGGUUUUCGAAGAAGUUUCCGGUUCCUGGUAAAGGUGUCUGGGCGAUUCACACCAGAGACUACCGUGUCAACAAUCCCACUGGUUGCCAGAUUCUGGUCACAGUUCCACAUAUCCUUCAAAUUAUGCUGCUCUCGCCUUCGAAUGCCAAGUCCUGGGCCCCGAAAGUCCGCCGUAUCAUCUUCGAUGAAAUCCACUGCAUUGGACAGGCUGAAGAUGGUGUUGUAUGGGAGCAACUCUUGCUGUUGUCACCCUGUCCGAUUGUUGCUUUGUCUGCGACAGUUGGAAAUCCAGCACAAUUUAGCGACUGGCUCACUGUUACGCAGAAGUCGUCUGGUUCCGAGUUGAAGAUGAUUCAGCACGGUACUCGAUACUCUGAUCUGAGAAAGUAUAUGUACCAGCCUCCACAAGCUUUCCGCUUCUCGGGCCUUGGCACGUCCUACGGUGUUGGCCUCGGUCUCGAUGGACUUGACGGAUUCAGUGCCUUCCACCCAGUUGCUAGUCUUGUCGAAAAAUCGAGAGGUAUGCCAGACGACUUGGCACUCGAACCUCGCGACUGCCUAUCACUUUGGAAGGCCAUGGUAAAAUGCCAGACCGAGAAGUAUCGCGUCCCAGACUCGAUCAGCCCUUCCAAGUCUUUACCGAAGUGUAUUCGAAAAGCGGACAUUUUUGCUUGGGAGAAGGCAAUCAAGAAAGUUCUUUUGCAAUGGAUGGGUGAUCGCAAUUCCCCUUUCGACAAGGUUGUUCAAGAAUUAUCUAUGCUGAAGAUCACCGGCGAGACGGAGCCAAAUCAACCUCCAUCAUCGACGACCUCCUCCGUGACCGAGGGAGACCACUUGGACAAGCAUGAUCUGAAGUCUACAACUCUGCCACUACUGUACCAAUUGCACAAGAGACGCGCUUUACCUGCUAUUCUCUUCAACUAUGACAGAAGCCAAUGUGAAGACAUUGGCUGCGCAGUCUUAGCCCAACUUGUCGAAGCAGAGACACGCUGGAAAGAGGGUCCACAAUGGAAGAAAAAAAUGGAGGGCUACGAAAAGUACCAGCAACAAAAGGACAAGAAGUCUCGAAAGCCCGUGAAGCCAGUGAAGAAGAGCAAGGAUGAUGAAGAAGACGGCGGCUCUAAGCUAGAUCGUAUGCGCGACGAGUCAUCCGAAGGAGCUUCUGUCUAUGAUCUGUUCGAUCCUGAAGAGCCCCAAGCCGAGUUCAGUUUCGCCAAUCCGAAGCAGCUUCAGAAGGCCGAACUACACGAGUACGUCAGAGCAUUGAGAUGGAAGAAUGUCAGAGAGGAGCUCAUUAAAUUGCUAAGACGUGGUAUCGGAGUCCACCACGCUGGUAUGAACAGAAAAUACCGCCAGUGUGUUGAAAUGCUGUUCAGAAAGGGUUUCUUGAGAGUCGUGAUCGCCACUGGUACUCUCAGUCUGGGUAUCAACAUGCCUUGUGCGACUGUUGUCUUCAGUGGAGAUUCUGUUUUCUUGACUGCACUGAACUUCCGUCAGGCGGCUGGUCGUUCUGGUCGUCGUGGUUUCGAUUUGCUUGGUAAUGUUGUCUUCCAGGGCAUUCCAACAGCGAGAGCUUCUAGGCUUCUGAGCUCAAGAUUGCCUGAGAUGACAGGUCACUUUCCGCUCACGACCACCCUGGUCCUUAGACUGUUCACUUUGUUGAAUGACUCUGGAAACUCGAAGUAUGCAGUACAGUCCGUCAAUGCUCUACUCUCGCAGCCAAGAUUAUACAUGGGUGGACAGAGUUUCAAGGAACAGGUCUUACAUCACUUGAGAUUCUCUAUUGAAUAUCUACGAAGAAAUGACCUUCUUGGCCCGAAUGGCGAGCCGGUGAACUUCACCAGCUGUGUCUCCCACCUGUAUUACACCGAGAACUCCAGUUUCGCUUUCCAUGCACUCUUAAAGGGUGGCUUCUUCCACACGCUCUGUGCCGAUAUUGAUACAAAGACUACCAUUGUUCUGUAUCAGAUGAUGCUAGUUCUCAGUCACCUGUUCGGUCGUAGAGUCGUUCGUGAGAUCGACGAUCCCGAGCAAGCUGAGAAGAUCAAGCGAUCGUCAUCUAUGGUGUACUUGCCUGCUAUGCCAGAAGAAGCUGCGAAUAUUCUUCGUGCCCACAACAAGGAUACCCUGGAUGUUUUCACCACUUAUGUGAAGACCUUCGCAGAGCAGCACGUGAAAGAAGAGGAGCGCCGUCUGCCCCUCACCCAUGUACCUGUGGGAAAGAUUUCGUCUGCUGCAAACGGGAAGACAAGCAACGGGCACGCAAAAGCCAAUGGAACUGCCGAAAAGAAGCAACCAGAUGCGAUGGACUUCCUUCCCAGUCUCCCCAGGCCGCAUGCACGUUCCGCAUUUGUUGCGCUGUCAGGUCUCGGAGAUACCUUCUCCACGAUCGAGGAUCUGUGCUCAUCCACACCAGAAGGUGUGUUCCUUGAAGCAGCUGUCGUCCCUCAUCUUGAGCUUCACCCCGACGAGACGAGAUCCCCACUCAACGCUUACCUGCUGGAUUUCUACAUGCAUGGCUCGGUCGUCCCACUCGAUGUUGCCAAUGGUAUCCGCAAGGCCGAUGUCUGGUUUCUGCUUAAUGACUUCUCCAUGAUACUCGCCACGAUCACGACUUCUCUCGCUAUCUAUCUCGGCCUUGACUCCGGAACUGAUCCCGAAAUGCUUGACGUGAUGGGCUCAGGAGACGCAGCCGAGAACGACGCUGACGAGAAGGUCGCCGCAGAAACUAUUCCCGACGCACCAGUCGCCAAUAAGACUGUCACUCCAGACCAAACGUUCCAACCCAAGAAGAACAGAAAGGUCGCCGAGGACUGGGAUGCAGGUGAAGAUGCUUUAGUUGCCGAGGAGGACUUCUUGAAGAGCAGGGUGGGCAAGGAAAUGGAGGGGACAGAUGAUGAGGAAUAUGAGAAAUUGAUGAAUGUCUACAAGGCUUUUAAGAAGUUGAAGACUGAGUUUGACGAGAAAUUUUGGGCUAUCUUUGCCUAGAUUCUUUGUUGGGUGGGACGGGGCGUGGAGAAAAAUUGGUAUCUGCAUGGGAAGAUCGACGCAUGUUGGAGUGCUGGUUCUGUUGGAUUACUUACGUACAGCGUAUUGUGGAUAUGAUAGACUAUGAUAGAGAUAGAUAAAUUGAUUCUUGAG